AUGACUUCAACCAUUGGAAUUCCGAUCAAGCUGCUCAACGAAGCGACUGUACGCGCAUCUUCAUCUUGUGUCGCAUUGAAAAUCGCAUGUGCUGAUGCGCAAUAUCACAGNGGCCACAUUGUUACCGUCGAAAUCACAUCUGGCAAUGUCUACCGUGGCAAGCUACUCGAAGGUGCGACCCUCAGCGAUCACAAAAGACAAGAGGAUCAGGACACUGACGACAUGACAGCCGAGGACAACAUGAAUUGCCAACUCAGAGACAUCACUGUCACAGCUAGAGAUGGUCGCGUAUCACAUCUGGACCAGGUCUACAUCAGAGGAUCGCACGUCCGAUACUUUAUCGUUCCGGACAUGUUGAGGUUGGUGGAAUACAGUUAA